AUGCUCGUCGUUCAUCCGAACUCGACUUGCGACGUCUGUCUUGAAGGCUAUACCAACGGCACUAAUGUUCCGCAUUCCAUAUCCUGCGGGCACAUUUUCUGCCUGAGAUGUCUUCAGUCGUUGAACCGACUGAUGUGUCCUCUCUGUCGGACUGCGUUUGACCCUGCGGAAAUCAGGAGGCUCCAUAUUGACAGGACGGCCCAAGUAUUGAAUGCAGACAACACCAGCGUCCCCGUAGCUCCGGAACCAGAGUCCGAGGUGGAUGUAGACGUUCGUCGUCUGCAAGAGAAGAUCGACCACAUCGUCUUGGAAGGCGCCUCACUGACAGACGUUCGCAAUACGAUUGACGAGAUCCAUAUUUGGCUCAAAACUCAGCCCAAAGACGAGCAUCGGGACCUUCGGGCAAGCCAUAGGCUGCUGCACCGUGUAACAGAAGAUCGAGAGAAACUCGCCAAUGCAGACAAGAGGGAGCAUGAGUACAAGUCUCGACUAGAAGCGGCCGACAAGAUGCUGGAAGACCUUGCUCAGAAGCGUAAGGAAGAGAACACCAUGGCCCUAGCGGUAGAGAGGAGCUUGAGAGAGCAUUACAAUCGCAUGAACGCCGAGUGGAACGGGAAAGUGAGUGACGGCUAA